AUGAAAUUCAUCCAGGUGGUGCACAAUGCAGAACCCGAGGCUCUCCGAGAGUCAAAACGUGAAGCUCGCUCGUACUCUGCCCAGGUGGCACACGCCAGAGCAAAGAAGCUUCGCGGAACUGGAAAGACGACAGAGAUUGUUGAGAAAACAAGUCUCAAGACAAAAAGGAAGCAUAUUUUGAAAGCUUUGAGUCCAAAAGACCAGUCACUAUACCAGACCUUGCUUCCCUACAACCAAAUGGAUCUACCUACAGCGGGGCUUCACAUCGAUCAGCCGACACUAUCACCAUACAUCAGCUUCCUUUCAACUCUCACAGUAGAUGAAUGUUUCAUGUUCGAUCAUUAUAUAAAGAUUGUGAUGCCGUAUCUGAGCGCUCACUGCCCAAUAGCGAGAUCUAUAGGCCGGUACCACGAGUAUCUGAGGAAUAAUUGGAUCAUAAUAUCCUCGCACGAUACAGAAUUUAUCAGAGGGUUUCUCUUGGCCGCUUCUCGUCAUUUAUCCACGGUCGAGUCCAAUAUCGAAUUUGAAGAAAUAGCUAUUCGGUAUAAACUGGAGCACCUGGCAAAACUCCGAAAGGACGUUGCGAAGCAGCCAAUGGCAAUAAGCCCUCGAUCGGUUUCGAGUGCUUUGGUUCUAUCAUUUGACGAAAUGCUUCUCGGUAACAUUCCAAUGGCAUUACGACAUAUCCAUGGGGCAGCGAGUAUAGUCCAGGCAGCUGGUGGACCCCAGUCACUGGGCCUGAGCCAGUUUAUAUCAUAUACGUUGUUCACUUGUGUCCAGGAAGACCGCAUCGGAGAUUGGGCUUGGGUGUUGAAAUACGAUAAAGAUUUCAUGAAGCCUACGAAAGGUUGA